AUGUCGAACCCUUCGCUCGCCAAAUCGAAGCAUGUAUCUCAAGAGCCAUUGGCCAAUGCCGAUGCGCGCUGGACACGCUUGGUGAAGACAACUUAUACGGACCCGUUGGGUAAAGAGCGGACUUGGGAGUCCUCGGAACGUCAGACCCGGCCUGCUAACUGUGAAAUUGACGGGGUGGGCAUCGUCACCAUCUUGAACAAGCCCUCCGGGCCUGAAUUGCUUCUGCAGAAACAAUACCGGCCCCCAAUUGACAAGAUCGUCAUCGAGGUCCCCGCCGGUCUUAUCGAUGCCGGUGAGACACCCGAGCAAUGCGCCGUGCGUGAGCUCAAAGAGGAGACGGGCUAUGUAGGCGAGGCCGAGCUCACUAGUCCCGUCAUGUACAACGACCCCGGGUUCUGCAACACCAACCUGAAGAUGGUCCAUGUGCGCGUGGACAUGGACUUGCCGGAGAAUCAAACCCCUAAGCCCGAGCUCGAGGAUAACGAGUUCAUUGAGUGUUUUUCUUUACCACUGGCUACCCUCUACGAUGGGUUGAAAAAGCUUGAGCAAGAGGGGUUUGCUAUCGAUGCUCGUGUGGGAACUCUUGCCGAGGGGAUGGAGCUGCAGAAGAAGUGGAAGCUCUGA